AUGUCAACACAAACGCUUAUAAUAAUCAAUAAAAUGCCCCUAUUUUUUCGUGGUUUUAAUCUAUACGGGCAGGUGCCUUUAAGCGAAAGUUUAGUCGAUGAGUUUCGUGAAGUUUUUGCGGGCCAAGUCGUCGAGAAAAUGUGGUUCACACACUCGUUAGGUUUGUUUAAAACUAAGGAGAAAUUGAAAGUAUAUGGCAUGGAAAUUAACGAAAGUCAAUUAGAUUUGUUAAUUAAAGACAAACAAAUUAAGCACUUAGCUCUGAAUGAUCAAAGAAUUAUUAUGUUGUUGAAGACUGGGCAAAUAGUUAAAAUUGACCUAAAUGGAAAUCCUAGUAUGUCUGUUGUGUCUAACAUAAAUUUGGAAGAAGGUGAGGAAGUUUCAAGGAUUGAAUGUGGUGCCAGAUUAUUUGUACUGUAUACUACCAAUGGCCAGUUUUAUAAUGAUGUUUUUACUAGGUUGAAAUUUAAAAAUAGCAACAUUGUUGAUAUAAAAUGUGGAAGUGAACAUUGUCUCAUUUUGGAUAAAGCUGGGAAUGUAUACUCUUUUGGAAGAGGAAGCCGGGGUCAGUUAGGUCAUGGUCGACUGGAUGAUGAAGAAGAACUUCAGCUUAUUGAAGCCCUGGCAGGACUAAAAAUUACAAAAAUCUCAACAGGAUUUUGGCAUUCCUGCGCAAUUAGCGAAUGUGGCGACCUGUACACUUGGGGUUGGAAUGGUAAUGGACAACUUGGUCUUAUCCAAGCCUCAGAAAGGACUGACGAAGUUGCCGUCAUGGCUACGCCUACCCUCAUAGACUUUCCCGAAGAAGAAAACGUUCUAGAUGUUGCUUGUGGUAGUAAACAUACUGUUGUUCUAUUAGAUAAUAAUAAAUUGUAUGGUUGUGGUUGGAAUAAAUACAAACAACUCAACAACUCUCUGACAGAAGACCUACACAGUUUCACUUACCUGCAUGAUUUUACGACUGAGUCCGUAUCGGGAAUUACUUGUGGCCCUUGGAGUACAGCCGUCUCAAGCCAUUGACAUACUAGACACAACUGUUCAUCCAAAUAGGGUAUAUUGAUUGUUUGCAUAGUUUAUAAAGUUACACUUGAAGCAAUCAAUAUAAAUGACGAUUAAACAUUUAA